UCCCCAGAUUUCUCUAAAUUCUAUGUUCUUACUUUUUCACGUCUUUCCAUUCACGGACUUCAAUGUCUUUUCUCUCUUUUUCCCUAGAAAAUUAUUUUGUUUAGUUCUAUAAUACUGUUAUUAGUACAAAUACUUAUUUUAUGAAACAAAUAUAAGUAGACAAUUAAGAAAUUAAAUAAAGUAUUUUACUUUAAUUAAUCCGAAUGUUUUUUGACAGCGGUGCAGCAGCAGAACCACACUCCUGAAAAUUUAUUUUUUCUGGGGUUUUAUUUUUAUUUAUAUGUGACAGUUUUUUUCGGUGCAAAUUAAAUUCCUGUGAAUCAGUUUGUUGGAAUUCAUAGCUUCUGUUUUUUUUGAUAAUGUAAUUAAUUUUACUGAUGAACUCAGUUCAAGUGAGAGAAUGUGGGAAUUUUCAGCUUAAGAUCUAUCCUCAAUUGCUGCAUGUUAAAUCUUAAGAUUAAUUUGGGAAACCCCAUAAUUUAGUUGGGCUUUCUUUUUUAAGAAGAUUUGAUAAUGUUUAAGAAAAGGGGUUUUUGAUUUUGAUUGAGAUUGUUGUAAUUCAGUUGGGGUUUUGUGUUCUUGAUAAUUGGAGGAGAGAGAAUUAAGUUAAGAUUUGGAGAUGGAUAACACAGGAUUAGGAGAUGUAGCAACAAUAGCUCAGUUAACUGGGCUUGAUGCAGUGAAGUUAAUCGGGUUAAUAGUGAAGGCGGCAAAUACCGCCCGAAUGCACCGAAAGAACUGCCGGCAAUUUGCUAAUCAUUUGAAGUUGAUUGGUAAUUUGUUGGAGCAGCUUAAGAUCUCUGAGCUCAAGAGGUACCCUGAAACCCGGGAGCCUCUUGAGCAGCUUGAGGAUGCACUUAGGAGGUCUUACAUUUUGGUCCAUAGUUGUCAAGAUAAAAGUUAUCUGUACUUGCUUGCUAUGGGUUGGAAUAUUGUCUAUCAGUUUAGGAAGGCUCAGAAUGAGAUUGAUCGUUACUUAAAGCUCGUUCCCCUCAUUACUCUCGUCGAUAAUGCCAGAGUUAGGGAAAAACUAGAAUAUAUUGAAAUGGAUCAGCAUGAGUAUACUUUAGAUGAAGAGGAUCAAAAGGUGCAGCAAGUAAUUCUGAAACCUGAACCCUGUGAAACUGAUACUGUGGUGCUAAAGAAGACUCUUUCUUGUUCGUACCCAAAGUGCUCUUUUGAUGAAGCACUUAGAAAAGAGAAUGAAAAGCUUCGAAUGGAACUCCAACGCUCACAAGCUAAUUUAGAUAUGACUCAGUGUGAAGUCAUCCAGCGCCUGCUUGAUGUCACUCAAACUGCAACUGUGGUCUGUGAAACAGAAAAGAAUGCAUCAGGGAAAAGCUCAAAGAAAUCCCAGCCUUCUUAUGCUGAUGAAAACUACUCAUUUGACGAUAACUCCCCCAAGAAAAAUGGAACUUCCAGAUCUGGCUCUACACUUUCUUCACGGCGUGAUCUUCUGUCAAACCGAGGUUCAUUUCACUAUGAAGAGUGGCAUAAUGAUUUACUGGACUGUUGUGCAGAACCUUGUCUCUGUCUAAAGACUCUCUUCUAUCCCUGUGGCACAUUUGCAAAAAUCUCCACCGUGGCAAAUGAUAAAUAUAUGUCUUCAGGUGAAGCCUGCAAUGACCUGGUGGCUUAUUCUUUGAUACUCUCCUGCUGUUGCUACACUUGUUGUGUCAGGGGAAAGCUGCGCAAAACACUGAACAUUAAUGGAGGUGCCUUUGAUGACUUCCUCUCACAUUGCAUGUGUUGCUGCUGUGCCCUUGUUCAGGAAUGGCGUGAAGUUGAGAGGCGUGGAUAUGGUCAUGGAAAGACAAAAACAAGCCCCCCGACUUCCCAGUUCAUGGAAGCGUAAGAUGCGGAUUAUAGAUAUAGUGGUAGCCGGAAGUUCAUGCAUGUUUAGUCUGACAGUGGUAAUAUGGUUGAUUUGCUUCUCCUAUAAGUAGAUAUAUGUACUUAAAAGCGUUAUAUGACCCUGACUUUAUGUAAAGUUUCAUUUACUAGAUGGUCAUUAUUGUAAACAGAGUUUUUUCAGUUGUUACAGUGUGAUAAGGAGAGUUAAAUAAAAACCCAUUUUUUUUA